AUGGGACACAUUCCUGCGACCGUCAAGGGUAAUAAUUGGGUUCAAGUAGAAGAAGGAAUACAUGUUAGCGGGCAUUCCUAUGUUUAUAAGAUCACUGGAGGAGUUAGUAAACCACGAGCUGAAGAAAUAUGCUCCGAACUUGUUGAUUGUGUUAAAAAUAUGUGGAAAACAAGAAUUCUUGCUGACGGUAAAAAUAAAGUUAAUGGGUUUAUAUUGGUAAAGGUUCAAAAGUAUAUUGAUCAUCUUCAAGAAACCAUGUUAAACGCAACCGGGUUCUGUGAUAAUGUAGAAACAAAGAACCCAUUCACGCACAUGGA